AUGCGCCUUUCCAAAGCCCUGAUAGACAUGGAGAUGGCAGAUUAUAGCGCGGCACUGGACCCGGCGUAUACCACUCUGGAGUUUGAGAACAUGCAGGUGCUGGCUAUGGGCAACGACACAUCUCCAUCAGAAGCAGCCAACCUCAACACCUCCAACAGCAUCGGGGUGAGCGCGCUGUGUGCCAUCUGCGGGGACCGCGCCACGGGGAAGCAUUACGGGGCUUCCAGCUGUGAUGGCUGCAAAGGCUUCUUCAGGAGGAGCGUCCGGAAGAACCACAUGUACUCCUGCAGGUUUAACAGGCAGUGCGUGGUAGACAAAGACAAAAGAAACCAGUGCCGAUACUGCAGGCUUAAGAAGUGCUUCCGAGCAGGAAUGAAGAAGGAAGCUGUACAAAACGAACGGGACCGCAUCAGCACCCGGAGAUCAAGUUAUGAAGACAGCAGCUUGCCCUCCAUCAAUGUCUUACUGCAGGCAGAAGUCCUGGCACAGCAGAUAUCAUCCCCGGUUCCCGUGAUGAACGGAGACAUCCGAGGGAAGAAGAUCGCCAACAUCGCUGACGUCUGCGAGUCCAUGAAGCAGCAGCUGCUGGUGCUGGUGGAGUGGGCCAAGUACAUCCCCGCCUUCUGCGAGCUGCCCCUGGACGACCAGGUGGCACUGCUGCGAGCACAUGCAGGCGAACAUCUGUUACUGGGAGUUGCCAAGAGGUCCAUGGUGUUCAAGGAUGUCUUGCUGCUAGGAAACGACCAUAUCAUCCCACGGAACUGCCCUGAACUGGUGGAGGUCAGCCGCGUGGCCAUCCGCAUCCUGGACGAGCUGGUCCUCCCCUUCCAGGAGCUGCAGAUAGAUGAUAACGAGUAUGCCUGCUUGAAAGCCAUCAUCUUCUUUGACCCAGAUGCCAAAGGACUGAGUGACCCCUCCAAGAUCAAGCGGAUGCGGUACCAGGUGCAGGUCAGCCUGGAGGACUACAUCAAUGACAGGCAGUAUGACUCACGGGGCCGCUUCGGGGAGCUGCUGCUGCUGCUGCCCGUGCUGCAGAGCAUCACCUGGCAGAUGAUAGAGCAGAUCCAGUUUGUCAAGCUCUUCGGCAUGGCUAAGAUUGACAACCUGCUGCAGGAGAUGCUGCUGGGAGGUUCAUCAAGUGAAACGCCGCAUGCUCACCACCCCCUGCACCCUCACCUGAUCCAGGAGAACCUGGGAACAAACGUCAUUGUGGCCAACACAAUGCCUCCUCAGAUGCACAAUGGGCAGAUGUGUGAGUCCAUGUGGCCCUCUUCUAAUUUUGUGUCUCUCUCUGUAGCAACUCCAGAAACUCCCCAGCCGUCUCCACCCGCGGGCUCAGGGCCAGAGCAGUACAAGCUGCUGCCCGGAGCCAUUGCAACCGUGGCAAAACAGCCCAGCUCCAUCCCACAGCCUGCCAUCACAAAACAGGAGGUCAUCUAG